AUGUCAUUCUGGGAUAAGUUGACAGGGCGAAAGCCAUCAAAGGAUGCUUCUAGUGGCGGAUCAACAACCUCAAAUACACCAACAGACACAUUCACACCUACACCUUUUAACCCACAAGAAGGGCAAGAUGUUAGCUCUUUUCUUACGGGCCCAGAACUCGUAGAUCCAUCACAACUCCAUCCUAUGGCAGGCCUGAAUCAGCAGACUUUAGAUUACCUAUCUCUCGAAGAAUCCACCCUCUCGGACCUUCCAGGAUCGCAGUCUGCUUUACCCUCCAGAGGCUGGUCAGACGAUUUGUGUUAUGGUACCGGUGUGACAUAUUUGACGGCACUGACUGUGGGGGGUGCUUGGGGAUUACAAGAAGGUUUGAGGAGGUCUGCGACACAACCGCCAAAGUUGCGAUUGAACUCGGUACUGAACGCUGUUACAAGACGCGGGCCAUUCUUGGGAAAUUCUGCAGGAGUGAUUGCUAUGGUUUAUAAUGGGUUUAAUUCUUUUAUUGGACAUAUGAGGGGUAGACAUGACUCUGCGAACAGUGUUCUAGCAGGUGCGCUCAGUGGGAUGAUCUUCAAAAGUACAAGAGGAGUUCGACCUAUGAUGAUUUCCGGUGGAAUUGUGGCUUCUGUAGCCGGCGCAUGGGCAGUUGCAAGAAAAGCCGUAUUCUAA